AUGAGGCCAACAGCAAGCCGUCUGUUUCGUGCGGUCGGCGCCUUGGCCCAUGAGAAUCCUUUGGGUUUGCCACGAGCCGGGACACCUCCACACUGGCCGAAGAAGCCGCAGAAGCGCAAGAUUACAGGAGUGGACAAGGUCAUUGCUGUGUCUUCUGCAAAGGGAGGUGUCGGAAAGAGCACAGUAGCAGCCAAUUUGUCGUUGGCAUUUGCAAAACUGGGAUUCAGAGCUGGUAUCUUGGAUGCAGACAUUUUUGGGCCGUCAAUCCCGACAUUAUUCGACUUAUCUGGCGAACCCAGGCUCUCUAAAAAUAAUCAGCUUGUUCCCUUGACAAACUAUGGUGUCAAAACCAUGUCAAUGGGCUAUCUUGUCGGAGAAUCAGCGCCCGUUGUGUGGCGCGGGCCUAUGGUCAUGAAAGCAAUACAACAGCUCCUGCACGAAGUCGAAUGGGGUGGCUUGGAUGUGCUCGUUCUGGAUUUGCCGCCUGGAACAGGUGACACACAACUUACAAUAACACAGCAGGUCAUACUUGAUGGUUCCGUCAUUGUUACAACACCACAUACUCUAGCUACAAAAGAUGCCGUCAAAGGUAUUAAUAUGUUCAAGACUGUCAACGUGGACAUUCUUGGGCUUGUACAAAACAUGUCACUAUUCACAUGCCCGCAUUGCAAUGAGGGGACGCACGUAUUUGGAUCGAAUGAGAGGGUCGAAAAGAUGUGUUCCGAGCACAGCAUCGAGUUUCUCGGCGACAUACCGCUACACCCCAGUAUAGGAGACGAUGCAGAGAAAGGCAAGCCGACAGUGGUCGCGGAACCAGAGAGCGAACGAGCUGCCGCCUUCUUGAACAUUGCCAAAAGCAUUGUGCCGAAAAUCGAGAUGCAGGAGCGUUAA